AUGUUGGGCAUCGUUGCGUUGGGCAUCUUCCUGUUCUUUUUUUCCUAUACACGGCCAGGCAAGAUAUACAUAUGGAGGAUCAUCCUCGCCAUCCCCUCAUCUAUCGGCCAUCUACUCGUUGACCUCGACCAACCGCCAACGUACGAGAAAUUACGGAAAUGGGAAGCAAACCUCCCGCAACACAAUCUCGACCUCCCCUUCCCCGAAGGACGUACAGGCAGAUACGUGUACUUUAGCAACGAGCUGGUCAAGAUAGGAUGGAACAACAAGUUGAGCGAAUUACUCAUGAACUCCUACCUCGCCUAUAAAUCAAAUCGGGCGUAUGUCUUCCAAGAGUUCAUCUGGGACUCGAGCCAUUAUCCGUGGCCCUACUACAAGUUUAGAACAUGGAUACCACGUACCCCAUUGAACGCCUUGAUCGCAGGACCAACCGCUGGAGGGCCUUGGGACCCAGCAGACGACACACCCCGAUCCGUCUCUCUGGCUUACUUCAAUAAAGUGUGUCCUCCGGGUGAGCGGCGCAUCAUCAACACACAAGAUGUUAAGCCCGCGAUAACCUGGGCGGAAGGCAAUGUCAUCUUUGACACUUGGCAGAAGCUGCUGAACGAGGCUCCGGAGCGGUGCAUCGAGAUUCAAAUGCCGGAGGAAAAGGUCGAUCGGUUUGGACAGGUUUUCGACAUGUAUUUGUGGGGUUCGACUCGCGUCCUGUCGCUUUGGGAAGAGUUCAAGAAGUCGCCGGUGAGCCGUCUGCUCGCCACCUCGCCGAUCGUCCACUCUGCGGUCGUUCGGAACGAGUACCUCCUCUUGCCCCGGGGCGCACGCCCAGAAGAGCGAGUUCCUGCAGAUCCUUAUGAUCGCUUGCUGGCCAUCCACGUACGCCGUGGCGACUUCAAAAAGGCCUGCGGUGAACUCGCACGUUGGAACUCUUCGUUCUACAGCUGGAAUCUGCACCCUUCUCUGCCGGAUGGAUUCGUUGUUCCUCCAGGGGGAGAGUGGGGGAAGAACACCCCGGAAAAUAUCGCGAUAUAUGAGGAACGCUGCUUCCCCACAGACGAGUUCAUUCUGAACAAGAUUCGACGUGCCCGAAAGGAUUAUGUCCGUGCCGGGAAGGUCGGAGAGCACCGUCACUUGGACACCUUGUUCCUCUUGACGAAUGACCGCACGAAGUGGUUGGACGAGUUCAAGGAGAUGCUUCGAAAGGAAGGCUGGGCGACGAUUGUGACAACUAGAGACCUCGAAUUGGACAUGGAGCAGAAGGACGUCGGUAUGGCCGUGGACAUGGAGUUUGCGCGAAGGGCAGCUGUCUUCAUCGGAAACGGUUGGUCUUCAUUUACGAGCAAUAUCGUGCACCGACGACUAGUUGACGGAAGAGAACCCAUUAGUAUUCGAUUUUACUGA